AUGGAAGACAUGUACGAGGACACUGGCUCCUACGACAAGCUGGACCCCUGGUCGCAGUCUGGCGUCCUCCAGGGCGUCUAUGUCGUGGGGGCAUGUGGUGUGGCCGUGAUCUGGCUGCCGGUCGUCGCGCGCCUGCUGGACAGCCUCGGGCUGUACAGGUUUGGGGCGCCAGGCGAGGCCGAUCCGCCCCACCGGGCCUGGCAGCCCCUGCGCGGCCGGACCCGCUCCCUCGUCCCAAGCCUCAGCUGCACGGACAGCGCGCUGCGCUGGAGUGAGGUCGUCCAGCUCCUGGCGGCGCUGCAGCCGCCCGCCGGCAGCCCGGGCGGGCUGCCAGAGCUGCGGGAGUGGGCCCAGGCGCUGCCGCGGCUGGUCGGCCUCUCGCAGAAGGCCACCCUGGAGGUAUGCCGCCGCAUGGCGGACUGCAUCGGGGCCGAAAGGCCGCCGAAGGGCGAGCUCACCCGCGAGAGCCUGCAGCAGGCCUUCGUGCGCAUCGGAGGCGCCCGCGAGGUGAUCAACGCGAUGGUCCUUCACAGCGACUCCGCAGAUUCGGUGCUGGCGUGCCUGCGCUGCAUGAGCGCCGCUACCCAGGGUGCGCCCUUCGCCGCGGAGACGCUGGAGCUGCAGGCGGUGGCGGGCGGCGCCGCCCGCGAGCCCGGGCAGGGCCCACAGAGAGCUGCAGCGCCACCUGGCGUCGCACGGCGCGGCGGACCGAUCUGA